CGCUGUCUGCGUUUUUGUCUCGUGGUUUAAGAUCCUUUAAUAUACUUUUCAUAUUUUAUCUGUAUCUCGGGUGCUGCGAAGAACAACGGGUUAAGAUAAAGACUAAUCUAGUGCCACUCGGUGAGAAAAUAUAGAGGAAUGGCCGCCGAGGUAAACGGCAGCUCCGCUUUGGCGAAGGAGGAGGAAGAGCCGAUGGACGUGUCCUCCACGCACACGGAGAAUUAUCAGACUCUCAUUGACGCUGGGCUCCCCCAGAAAGUAGCCGAGAGUUUGGACACAAUCUUUCAGACCGGGCUGGUGACCUAUGCUGACCUUGAUGAGAGGGCUAUUGAUGCGUUGAGGGAGUUUAAUGAGGAAGGAGCCCUGUCGGUGCUGCAACAAUUUAAAGAGAGUGACCUGUCCCAUGUGCAGAACAAGAGUGCUUUUCUUUGUGGAGUUAUGAAGACAUACAGACAGAGAGAAAAGCAAGGCAGCAAAGUACAGGACUCAACAAAGGGCCCUGACGAGUCGAAGAUAAAGGCGCUGCUGGAGAGGACGGGCUACACCCUCGAUGUCACGACGGGACAGAGGAAAUACGGCGGGCCACCACCUGAGGAAGUGUUUUCUGGAACGCAGCCUGGAAUUGGAACGGAGGUGUUUGUGGGAAAGAUCCCGAGAGAUUUGUAUGAGGACGAACUGGUUCCAUUGUUUGAGAAGGCUGGGCCCAUCUGGGAUCUGAGGUUGAUGAUGGAUCCUCUGUCUGGUCAGAACCGUGGCUAUGCCUUCAUCACCUUCUGUAGUAAAGAGGCUGCCCAGGAGGCAGUUAAACUGUGUGAUAACUAUGAGAUCAGGCCGGGGAAGUACCUGGGCGUGUGCAUCUCUGUGGCAAACAACCGCCUGUUUGUCGGAUCAAUCCCAAAGAACAAGACCAGAGAGAGCAUUCUGGAGGACUUUGGAAAGGUCACAGAGGGACUACAGGAGGUCAUCCUGUACACCCAGCCUGACGAUAAGAAGAAGAACCGAGGUUUUUGUUUCCUGGAGUAUGAAGACCAUAAGUCUGCGGCCCAGGCCCGUCGGCGGCUUAUGAGCGGCAAAGUGAAGGUCUGGGGGAACCCCGUCACAGUGGAGUGGGCCGACCCCGUCGCAGAACCUGACCCAGAGGUCAUGGCAAAGGUGAAGGUGUUGUUUGUGCGUAAGUUGGCGACACCUGUGACUGAGGAGCUCCUGGAGAAAACCUUCUCUCAGUUUGGGAAGCUGGAACGGGUCAAGAAGCUAAAAGACUACGCUUUUGUUCACUUUGAGGAGCGAGAUGCAGCUGUUAAGGCCAUGCAGGAGAUGAAUGGAAAGGAGCUGGGAGGAGAAGAGAUAGAGAUUGUUUUGGCAAAGCCUCCAGACAAGAAAAGGAAAGAGAGACAGGCUGCUCGCCAGACCAGCCGAAACACAGGGUACGACGAUUACUACUAUUACCCUCCCCCCCGCAUGCCUCCACCCGGGCGUGGCCGAGGGCGCGGCGGCCGGGGCGGAUACGCCUAUCCUCCCGAUUACUACGGUUAUGAAGAGUACUACGAUGACUAUUAUGGCUAUGAUUACCAUGACUACCGUGGUGGCUAUGACGACCCUUACUAUGGUUACGACGAUGGUUACUCUAUGAGGGGCAGAGGCAGCCGCGCCAGCCGGGGAGGGCCGCCUCCGCCCAGAGCCCGAGGAGUUCCCCCUGCCCGCGGGAGGGGCGGUUACGCCCUGCGCGGAGCUCCGAUUGGCGCGCCAAGAGGCGGGCGCGGCGGGCGAGGAGGCCCGUUCCAGCCCCCCAGGGGUCGCGGAACCCGUGGGGCCAGGGGCAGUCGGGGCGGAAAUGUGGGAGGCAAGAGAAAAGCAGAUGUGUUUAACCAGCCUGAUUCCAAACGCAGGCAAACCGCCAACCAGCAGAACUGGGGAUCUCAACCCAUCGCCCAGCAACCGCUACAGCAAGGAGGCGACUACUCCGGUAACUAUGGUUACAGCAAUGACACCCUGGAGUUCUCCCAGGAUUCUUAUGGGCAGCAGUGGAAGUAAGCACCACAAACAAACAAAGGUAUUUGGCAGGAAAAAAAAAUAGAUGAUGUUGAAAAACAAACACAGCACCCACCCACCAACUCCCGCCCCCUCCCCUUCUGAAAAACGAUUGGUUGCAGCAGUUGAUUGACUUUCUUUCACUAUCUCUCUCUACCCGUCAUCCCAACACUAAAAUGUCUCAAAGGACACGCCUCCAAAUUGGCCUGGUAAUCCUGAUUGGCUGGAAGUCAGUUUUGGCAGAAGAUGAGAAUGUAAACUGUUGGGAUCUUUUGUUGUUGUUGUUUGUUUAUGGUUUUUUGCCCUGGUUUGAUCCCUAACUUCAUGGGACAUUUUGUCUUAAAAUCACAA